AUGAAAAAAAUUAAUUUUCGCUAUAAAGCUCCGUUUCCUAUUCCGAACUCCCACCAGAACUUCCACCUUCGGGUUGACUUUCAGUAAGAAAAUGGCAAGCUCCGUAUUGCUCUCCCACCCUCUUUCUUCACAGCUUCAUCUCCCCAAACGCAAACUCCUCUCUCCCAAUCCCUCUAGGUUUCCUUGUUUUUACCUCAAAACCGCUAACCAAUGUAAGUCCUUCAAUGCCCACUUGCCAAGAAGACCUACAAAGUUGAAGAAUUUUGUGUUACAGGUGGCGAAAACCGAUGUUGAAGGAAGGGAUGGUUCCCAACUGGUGGGGGAGGAUUCGGCGGUAUUCGUCUUGUCCAAACAAAAGAUCUCUUCGUGGGUUUAUUUCACUGGAAUUCUCGGGGUCGUACUUUAUGUUCUAAACGUGGCCUGGAUUGAUAACUCCACUGGCUUUGGGAAAGUUUUCAUUGAUGCCCUUUCUAGUUUUUCCGACAGCCCUGAGGUUGUCAUGUUACUACUUACUCUCAUUUUUGCUAUUGUCCAUAGCGGCUUAGCUAGCCUCAGGGACACAGGUGAGAAAAUCAUUGGAGAACGGGCAUUCCGUGUAUUAUUUGCGGGGGUAUCUCUUCCGUUAGCUGUUAGUACUGUUGUUUAUUUCAUCAACCACAGAUAUGAUGGCGUGCAGUUGUGGCAACUUCAGGGUGUUCCGGGAUUACAUGAACUUCUUUGGUUCUCUAACUUUAUUUCAUUCUUUUUUCUUUAUCCAUCAACCUUCAAUUUAUUAGAGGUUGCAGCAGUUGACAAGCCCAAAAUGCAUCUCUGGGAAACUGGAAUAAUGAGAAUUACCAGGCACCCACAGAUGGUUGGACAAGUAAUGUGGUGUCUAGCUCACACAAUUUGGAUUGGAAAUUCAGUUGCAGUAGCAGCUUCUAUAGGAUUGAUUGCACACCAUCUCUUUGGUGUUUGGAAUGGAGACCGAAGAUUGGCCAUUCGGUAUGGUGAAGCUUUUGAAGCUGUAAAGAACAGAACUAGUGUAAUUCCAUUCGCUGCUAUUCUUGAUGGACGUCAGAAGUUACCCGACGAUUACUACAAGGAAUUUCUCCGGUUGCCAUACCUAUCAAUCACGGCAUUGACAUUAGGGGCAUAUUUUGCUCACCCACUAAUGCAGGCUGGGAGUUCUGGGCUUCAUUGGUAGUUUAAUGCUAUGUAUUCCUGAAAGAGUUGUUUUCAUGUUGUAUGUGCAUCCAUGACUAAGGAUUGUUGUACCAUUCAUUUGAAUACUUGAAAAGCGAACCUUAUGCUUUAGGCGGUUGUAUUGAAGCUGAGGGCCUGAGAGCAUCUUAUAAGGCCUUGGCUGACUGCAACUAAAAGAUACCUCUACAGAGGACAGAUGAGAUAUCAAAAAGUCUUACUUCCAACUGCCUGUUUUCAAACAAAUAAUGAAGAUUAUGCCAUCAGCAGUGUGAUUCAUCCUC